GGGCUGGCCUAGCUCAUGGGGGGCAGACGCGUGGGGUGCAGAGAUGCCCCCGCGCUGCAGGCAUCUUCCUGCAAAGGGUGUGUCCCACCUCUUUUUUCAGUAGAGCUGCUUAACUGCCAUAAAACAGGUGGAGUCAGAGGAAUACCUUCAGGAAGUCACAUACUUCAUGUGUAUCCUCGUAAUCUGCCAUCUCACGCACUGCAACACAUUGUGUUAGCAGGACAUCUGGACAUAAAGGAUCAAGCUUCCAGUGAGCCAAAGAAAAGAAAAGGUGGCUGGCCUAAAGGGAAGAAAAGGAAACCUCCAAAGGAAUUUUCAGCUCCUCAAGCCCCUACAACAGGGUAUGUAAUAUUCUUGAAUGAGCGGAGAAUUAAAACGAAGGCCAAACAUCCAGGUUUGCCUUUUACUGAAAUAACCAAGAUGCUGGCUGCUCAGUGGUCUCAACUUUCUCAAGCAGGAAAGCAAAAAUAUAUUAAAGAAGCAGAAAAGGAUAAGCAAAGAUAUAUGAAAGAAUUGAAAGCCUAUCAAGACUCUGAAGCCUAUCAAGCUUUCUUAGAGAGAAGAGCAGUUCACAAAGUGAAGACCCUGUGUGGAACAGGAUCUUUAGGAAGUAGAUCUGAGAAUGAAGCUCUUGCUUUGUCAACAAUAGAUACAGAUGAAAGCGAUGACCUGUAUUGUCGGACAUGUAACCAGUUUUUCAGUUCUUUUCAUAACAAGAAAGAACACCUUAUGGGAAAGCAACACUUACAGAAUUUAACAGGGGAGUUUGAGAAAGAAAUGGCUGAAUUCUCUAAACAUCAGAAACUGCAAAAAGAGAAGGAGGAAAAAGACGAGUCAGAAGAAGAAAUUGACUCUACAGAUGUGUUUCAGUUUGGGGGCCUGACCUCCCAGAAGAACUUUGCUUCAUCUGAUUUUUGUUUUUUGCAGGAGUUUAUCUUCAGACUUCUGAAAUUUAAAGAGUUUGAACUUUGUGAACUGAAAAGAAGUUUGAGAAAGGCAUAUGAAGACCAGGAAAGUUUAAAAAAGCAGCUGGAGGAUCUGAAGAAUCAGCAGUUGAAGUUGGAAAUGGAUUUUGCAUCUAUAAAGGCAUAUAGCGGUACUUUAGAAAAAGAGUUUGAAAAUUUAAAUAUGGUUCCAAUGCUGUUCCAGUUUCAUCUGCAAAUAGUGGACACGAAGAGUGAAAUUUAAGAUUUGAAAAGAUGGGAAAAUGCUAACAAACAUCAUCCCUCUUCCACGAAUAUUUUCCCAAGUCUUUAUUAUUUUUAGGUAGCCUUCUGUGUUCAAAGGGUUUUCUUCAGAAACACAUAAAAUAUAACUGGUAUUAAAUGAUUUACUGAAUAUAAUUAUUUUUGUUUAUGGCUGUUUUAUGGUAAACUCAAUCAUAUAAAACUAGUGGUUGUGUUUCAUAAGCUGUUGUGUUAAAGUAAUAAAUUGCAGUCACUUUAUAUUCUCCUUAACCCUGAAGCAUAAACCAAUAUACCCUUUCAGCUAAUGCUGUAAAUUACACUCCUCUGCUCUGAAGUUUGAAAAUAAAAAUAGCUAGGAUGGGAAAGAUGUGUAUGAUGAUAUGGUCUUCUAGGUUCUUGCAAAAGUCUUUACCAGGAUGGCGACUAUAGGCAUUUGAGGGAAGAAUAAAUCAGGACGCUUGUUUGGUCACAGUCACAGAGUUCCUGAUGGAUGGAAGGCUCAGAAUGUACUGUGUACAACUUCUGGACCCUUUUUUCAUGUUAUAUUCAGCAGAAAGUAUUUGUGAAGCUUUGCUCCUAUAUAACCUUUUGGGGGGAGCGUGAGUUGAAGGAGAAUGCACUGUUAGGUUCUACUUUCAUAGGACUUAUAGAAAUUACUACAUGAUGGAAAACUGAAGGUCCAAUUCUGGGAUGGAUUCUGCUCACUGAAAACCCACAAGAACAUUUGAUGUGACAUGUAAAUAUGAAGCAUAAAAUUGUGAUUUGCUUUCAGCCCAGCUGUAAAGGUGAAGGGUGUUCUUUAAAAUCUACGUUAGAUGAUGUUUUACUGGUAGAACUUUGCAAUUGCAUCUUUAUUGUAGAAAUGACUUCUAGUCAUAGGUGUCUGUAUUACUUGUUUUUAUGAUAAUCAUGUCAUCUGUCAGAUUUUGUUUUCCUAACUGUAAAAUGAGGAUACUUAACUUGUUUCAAGGAUGUUGAAGAUUAAUUAGUUAAUGAACCCAAUGCUGCAAAAUUCCUGCUCAUGUGAGUAAUACUAUUGAUAUCAAAGUGAUUCCUCACAAGAGUAAUGGCUACUCAUACAAGUAAGGGCUUUUCAGGAUAAACACUGAGUAGAAGUACUUUUAUUAAUUUUAUAAUGUAAUAGUACUCUUUUCCUUUAUUAAAAUUGUUUUUAUAGAUCUGGUCUGCAGCACUGAGCAUGUACUAUGGGACAAAUAUUACAGCCCUUACUCACAUGAGUAUUCACACUUAGUAAAGGCUACUGUGUUGGCCCCUGUGUAUAAGAAGCACACUGUUAAAUUAUACCCCAAAAAAAAUGAUAUUGUGUUAGCAGUAACAGUAUAGAAUAGGGGGGAAAUCGAGUAUACUGCAUAUUAAAAUGUUUCUGUAAUAAAAGGUCUAUUUUUCUGAUAGACCUGGUCAAAAAUGAGAUGCAAUUUUCAUAAGGUUGACAAAAAAUUCAUCCUGUGGCUUUUCAUUGGAAUUUCUUUGAAAAGUUUCAUCGAAAUGGUGAAUUUUGAAAAAGUUUGACCAUCUCUGUGUAUGAUGGGUGAGACACAUAAUAUUGGAGGCUAAUACCAUCUCCUUAUUUAAUUGCAAUGGGGGUGUGUAGAGUCUUCCAGCAUAUCUCUGGACAUUCAGUUCUAACUCUACAGUAUACUUUAAUUGAAUUUAAAAAGCAUCAUGAUACUCAACCAAAAAAAGUGGGGGGUGGGGUUACUGUGUAAGAUCACUAUUGCAAGUUGCUGAGCUGUCUAAAACCCCAUUGACUUCUGUGCAAGCUGGAGGUGGUCAAUACCUCUUGGGAGAGAGUCAGCACCUUGCAGGAUUGGGGACUGAGAUCUCAAAUUGACAUCAGGGAUUGUUUCCUAUUAAAAUACUGUUUUAGAAACAAAGCACCUGUAAUAUCCCAAACUUAGACAACAUUAUUUGCCUUGUUUCAGAGUAGCAGCCGUGUUAGUCUGUAUUCGCAAAAAGAAAAGGAGCACUUGUGGCACUAACAAAUUUAUUUGAGCAUAAGCUUUCGUGAGCUACAGCUCACUUCAUCAGAUGCAUUCAGUGGAAAAUACAGUGGGGAGAUUAUUUGCCUUGAGUUCAAAAUACAAUGCACUUUCUCUGAUACAGAAACAGAAGAUUAAAAUGACAAAGGACAAGUCCUCAUCUUAGUUUUGCCCCCCUGCCCUUUGGACAGGAAACCUGCCCAAUAAUUCCAUCUUGUGACUGUUCUUACUUAUUGGUGCCCCGUUCAGUAGGUAUAACAUGGUCUUUGACAGAAAAGCAAAAGGACCUUUUCCCUUCCCCAAGGUGUCUACAAUAUAAUUAUCCAUUCAAAUUUAAUUACAGAAUGGCUAAAUUAUUCUUAAACAAUACCACUGUGUUUUCUGGUAGACUCUUGCACAUGUAAAUAACCAUGGAUUAAAGUGGGUUCAUGGGGGGAAAUGAUGGUCUGAGUGACAGAGCAGCUGGCUGGGACCUAAAAGUAAAGAGAGCAGGUACCUCCACUCAUACAUAAGGAAUUUUAUUUGGCCUAAUUGAGGUGCUGUGCUAGUAGGAAUUAGUCCAUGUGUGAAUUGUUUGUACUUUGCUUUCAUUGUUUAGACAGUUCAGUGUAAUGACUUUUCCCCAGAGACUUUACUCUAUUACAGGUUUUACUUCCCAGUAGAGGGUUUUUCAAGCAAAGUUUUGUCUCCAAGGUUAAUGCUGGAGGAGGUUUUCCCUUGGGACACUCCAAAAAGAUUGGGGCUUUGGAGCCGGGAAUGAAGAAGUUGAGUUAACCCAAUUAAAUCUUCCAGGAGGGGGUUCCUGUGUGUCUGGAAACCCCUUUUUUAUUGAGAAUCUGAAUUAAAUAUGCUGGAAGUAGAGGAAUUUAGCGUGCAGUAUUUUGUGAGUUUGUAUUACUAACUGUGUGUGUGUGUGUGUGUGUGUGCGCGCGCAUAAUAAACACUUGUGCACUGAUUGGUCUUUUUUCUUUGGGGACUAUUUAAUUUUCCUCCAUAACAGAAUACCAUACACUCAAGCCUCCACAUCUCACCUGCCUUCUGAGGCCCUCCCCUCAUUUCUUAAAUAAAAAAAGUUGUAAACAUUCAGUGCACCGCACAGAUUUGUUGCUUGUGUGUUUGUUUGCUCAUAUGAUAUAUUCCAUAUGUUUUGCAGAUAAUCUAGAUUGUUGUUCUUUGGUCAAGGACCAUGUCUUUCUGAUUGUUCUGUAAGAUACGCCACUCCAAAACAAUAAUCCAUUCAAAUGGCAUGGUGGCAUCAUCAGAUAAAGUUUCUGAUGUAAGUAUUACCUCUAUUCUAAAAUAAAGGAGUCUGCUGUUUUAAUUUGAUAACUUUAAAAAGAGCAAUUUAUAUUUUUAAUGAGGGGAAAAGUUUCCUCUAUUGUAAGCAUUAACUCAUAGUAUGUGUGUAAAUAUUAAACAGUUUUAUUAUACAGGUGAAAAAGGGAUGUGAAUUAUCCAUACUUUAUAUAAAUAAGACACUGUAGGUAUUUAUUCUGUCCAGUGUCAGAUUAUUUGUAAAUAUGCAAUAAACAUUUGAUCUUU